AUGGAUGGUUGUCCGAGCAAGAGCUGUCCGAAUGGGCUCGCUGCCAUUCGGAGUUUCUGCAGAGUUCCGGAGUUAGUCGAGUUUCAUCUCCCAGAAACUGGGGAAGUCGCCGGGUCUCCGCCUGAAGGCUAUUUCACAUGCUAUGAGGCGUACCUGAUUCAGUGCCACCAAUGGUUUCCCAUCCCGGAAGUCAUCGUGCGGCUUUUCGACCGAUUCAAGUUGUCGAUCAGCCAGAUCAACCCGUGCGGUUUGCAGCACAUCGUCGGGAUUUUGGUGUUGAGUUACGAACUGAGUAUGACCCUUGACGUUGACCACCUUGAAGCCAUGCUGAAGCCCUGGGGAAAUUCAGCCAUAGUUCAACUGAGGCUUCGGCCGAACAUGACGAUCAUAACGGAGUUCGUGUCAAACAACCACGAUUGGAAAGAACACUUCUUCUUUGUCCGCGUCAACGAUGCAUCUGUGGAAGCGAAAGGCAUUCCCAUCUUCAGGACUAGAUGGGGUCGGAAAGGUCUUGGCAUCGCCCGAGACUUACUCCGUGGAGGUCCAUCCUUUUGGGCCAUGUUUACCCCGAAGCGGGUUCGUCGCGCCGUUGCUCUUCACCAUUCUCAGUUUCAGCCGGACUUGCCGGUUGAGGAAGGGUCGGAGUCAAGCAUGGAUGGGUUCGUCAUGUGUGAGGUUCGAGCGAGGACAGAAAAGUCUAGGUCCCGCAAAGACAAACACGUUAUCAUUGAUGAUGACGUGGCCGACGGACAGUGCUUUCUUGACAACAUACUUAGAAACUAUCUCAACAGUGAAGCAGGUGGAAGUGGUGGUGAGCAGAUUAAUCUUGACGGCUUGCUCGAUUUUGACUUUCCUCCGGCCGAAGGCGGAUCCAGCGAAGUGCCGAAGUUCACCAAGACGUCGAGGAUGGUCAAUGGGUUAAGUUUUUGUCCUUGA